AUGUUGCUCUUCGGCCUUGGGAAUCUCGUUUACGUCAUUGUCCUCAUCAUCAACGCCAUCGCAAUUCUCUCCGAAGACCGCUUCCUUGCUCGCAUUGGAUGGGGCCGCACACAAGCUGAGCCCGGCUUCGGUGCCACUUACGAUAGCACCAGUGUGAAGGCGAAGUCAGUCAACAUGAUCGCCAGUGUACGGACAGUGAUGCGGAUACCCCUUAUUGUCAUCAACACAACGAUAAUCGUCUACGAGCUUAUUCUUGGAUAA